CCGGGCGGCGCGCCGUGCGCCUGACUUCCCGUAGUGCGCGUGCACGUAACCGCUGUCGAGGGCCGCGAGUCGAAACGGUCUGCCUCCCGGUGCUCGGUACGGCGACCGCGCGCGCUUCACCAUGUCCGGGAACGACGCGAAGCAGGCCCUCAGAAAGCUGGACUUUCCCUACUGCGCCAGGGAAGCUCUGUGCAGAAUCGAGGUACUCUGCUGCAGGCCUGGCAAGCAGGUGGACCUGCAAAUGGAUCUGAUAUCCGAGUUUGUGUUCGGGGAGGUGGAGAAGCGGAAGAAACGCAACAUGACGAUGGCGAUACAGGAGCUGCAGCUGAUAGAGAUCAUGAGCGACUUCUUCCAGAGCCCGGGCGGCAGCCCGGCGGUGCGCAAUGCCCUCUUCCUGUCGCUCUUCCCGGCGGACAGUCCCAGGCACAAGAUCCUAGGUAACCUGGUAUCGUUGGCAAUCGCUACGCAAAACAAGGCGGUCCUAAACGCAGCUGGCAUUUGGAUGCAGCAGCUGGGCUCCACCUCGCCGCAGAGCGUAGGACUGGCGAGGCACGUGCUCAACGACUAUUUUGUGCUCACCCCGAGGUCCAUCGACAAGCUCAAGCAGCUGCCCGUGCUCGCGCCGCACUUCACCGCCAACCUGCUGACGGCGAUAGGCGAGGUGUACGAGGACAAAGAUCCGUCUACCGAGCUGCUCAGAAUGGUAGGCGAGUGGAUUGACGAGAAUUCGAGCUUGCUGUUGACACCUCUGAUGGACAAUCCGGCGUUGCCCACUGGCGGGAUCCCGAUGGCACCGAUAACGCCGAUAGCGGGCUUGUUCAGAUGGUGCAUACUGAGUCCUCUGCGUUGUAACAGCACCGCGGAGAGCACGGAGAGUCUGGAAGAGUCGCGGAAAUUUUAUUCAAAGGUCCAACAGUUGCUCAUGGACUCGGUGCUGCGGCUCAACAACAGCGGCAGCAACAAGCACGCGAUCUCGGCGCAACAUCUGGCGUCUACCACCCGUUUGUUGACGGCGAAUCUGCAAAAUCGUCCGAACGUCGACACGCCGUCGCGCGAACUGGCCAUGGAACGGCUCGCGCAAGCCGUCAGCGCAGCCAUGUCUGCGAACUGCAUUUACGGAAAUAAGCAGGAACUAUUAGCCCUUCUGCAACCGUUGUCGUAUCAGCACUUUUUGAUAGAAUGGACAUUGCAAACUUAUGCAACUAAGGCAGCCUGAGACGAGGAUACGACAGCGACGGCGAUAACGAUAAUGUAAUUAAUUUGAUUAACGAUAUUCUAAGUUAUUACUAUGUUUGUACAUAAAAAAUGCAAUUACUAGACUAUUGUAUAUAAUUUGUUUCGAUAAGAAAUAAAGAGUGUAAUGAAACACAA